AUGAUAAAAAUGUACUAUUUGGAUAAACUCGUGUCUGGAGCGAAAGAAUACUAUCGGAGCGUAAAUCGUGCCAAUAUGUCGGGAGCUAUUGACAUCGUUGUGAUCCAGCAACCAGAUGGAACUUUUAAGAGCACACCAUUCCACGUGCGGUUCGGAAAAUCUGGUGUCCUUGUUCCAAGAUCUAAUCUUGUUGAAAUACGUAUCAACGACAAGCUUAUUGAUAAUCUAACUAUGCGGAUUGGAUCAAACGGAGAAUGCUUUUUUGACGAAGCGUUCGAUAACCAACAACAUCACAGUCCAAUAAAAUCGCCCCGAAAUAUCGGCACUGAAGACCUGUUUGACAAGCAAAUGAACAUUGAAGACGCGAAUUCAAAGACUCAGACAUUUGACUUUGGUCCAUCAAGCCCUUCAGAUAAUCUGACAGAAAGUCUUUCAAUCCAAUCUCCUAUAAACACGACCUGCAGUGACUACGAAUGGAAUAGUUCAACAUCCGAAGACCAGGAGUCGUUCGAUUCACUCUCCAGGUCGAGUGUGGAUGACGGCACAGUUGAAGACUUGCCAUCACCAACUCAGCUUCCGAGUUGGGCGUCUUUCCCAAACCUAUCAGAAGAUGUACCUGAUUCCUACGAUGUAAAAUCUGAUGUUCGAGGUCAGUUGAUGCCACUGAUGGGUUUGGAAUGGGUGCACAAUGAUGUGGUCUCACUUUACCACAAAAUCGCGGCAAACGGUUAUCGGUUUUUGUAUCUUUCUUCGAGAUCAGUUGGACAGGCUCGCAGUACAAGGGGCAUGUUGUGUUCGCUUGAACAAAAUGGACAUCGUCUACCCGAUGGUCCAAUUCUAUUGGCGCCAUUCUCCUUAUGGCGGGCGAUUCAUAAGGAAGUCAUUCAACGAAAAGCAGAUGAAUUUAAAAUUGCCUGCCUACAACAAGUGCGCAAUCUGUUCCCUCAGGAGGCAUACAACAGCACAUCAGGCCAAUUUCCACCACUGGUUGCUGGAUUCGGCAAUCGGGCCACAGACAUAAAGACAUACAGGGCAGUGGGUCUUCAAGGAAGUCACAUAUUCACAGUGAAUCGACUUGGUGAGGUUGUCUGCGGCAAUGACGAAUCAGUCCUCGCCACCGGGAAAAGCCGAGCGUCACAAACGUCACCUCUAACCUACAGGAGUUUGACAUCAAUGGUGAACGACUAUUUCCCACAACGAAAGGUAGCCUAUUUCCGAUUAUGA